AAAAUGUGAAAACGUCACCAGUCAAGGCGUUGUUGUUUUUUGGCUGCCGUUCGCAAAAUGAGUGCCCUCUUCAACUUCCAAAGCCUGCUGUCGGUGGUGCUGCUGAUCGUGUGCACUUGCACCUACCUGCGCUCUUUAUUCCCCAGCUUCAUCGAUCGCAACAAGUCUGGAAUGCUUGGCCUGUUCUGGAAGUUUGCACGGGUUGGCGAACGCAAAUCUCCCUACGUGUCGGUGGCGUGUCUUGUGAUGGCAUUUUCGAUAUUAUUCUGGUCCUAGCGCUAUGUUCAAGGUAUCAAUAUUGUAUAACUGAAUGGGUUUUAAUUAAACAUUGCCAACUACA